AGCGAUUGAUCUCUUUCUUUCUCUUAUAUGGAUGGUGACACGGUGAUAUCGGCUACUCCGGAGAUCUCAUCGCCGACUUUGAAUCCUCUCUCCAGCGGCUCUGCAUUCAUAACGAGUUACCCCGCGGUGCUGCUGGCUUUGGGACUGAUGUUGGUGACGUGGUUGGUGACUGUAUAUAACUGUUUCCAACAUCUGCUGAACUACUCAAGGGAAGAUUUGCAGAUGCACAUUAUCCGCAUUGUUUUGGUGGCACCGUUAUAUGCUACUGGAGCGUUCCUGGCCGUUUGCCUGACCAAUGUGGAUCUGGCAGUGCUCCUCGAGUCGAUUCCGGAGAUCUGGGAAGCGGUGGUGGUUUACUCUUUCUUCUGCCUUAUUCUCACUUAUGUUGGCGGUGAACAUAACUGGAUUCAAAGCACACUGUACACAGCUCCAAACGGCAUUCAGCAGCCGUGGCCACUGAGCAAGUGCCUGCCGAAUCUCGCGCUCACGUCGGAGUUCUUGAGAGGCAUGAAGAGAUGUGUACUUCAGUUCGUCGUGUUGAAGCCAGUGAUGACAAUUACGGAAAUUAUUAUGCAUAUCUUUGGGGAAGGCGAUAAUAAAGUGUGGACGAUUAUCCGGGAGGUUGCGUACAACUUAUCAUACUCGUUGGCGUUAUAUGCAUUGGGGCUUCUGUACAUAUCCUCGAGACGUCACCCGAGUUUGCGAGAUAAAAAACCUCUGGCAAAAUUCGUCUCUGUGAAAUUGGUUAUUUUCGUCACUUUCUGGCAGCAGUAUAUUUUCGAUCUCGCAUUUUCGAAGGAGCCGCAAGAAAUUGGUAUGAAAUGGAGCGCAUUUCUGGUGUGCGUCGAGAUGACUAUUUUUGCGGUAUUACUAACUUCGGCAUUCACUUGGCGAGAAUUCGAAUUUGAGUGGGUUGAGGCGUCACCACCGAAGUUGGACGAUGUAGAGAUGGACAGAGUUGAAAGUGGUGUUGUUCGUGAUGAUACUUCUGCUGGGGAUUCCACUGACGGGGAAGAGAGUCCUCGAGGUGGUCAGCGAGCCGACAGUGAGCAACCUCAACAGCACGCACAUGCAACUUAUGGUACGAGUAGUCGUAUACUACCAACGCAAGCAGACAUACGGUUGGCUCUGGCCAAUGCGAAGCGAUCGUUGUAUCCUGUUGAUGUGGCAGUAGAUACCUCUAGGAAUUGGAGCACUCGAUAUCAAGGACAUGUAUUAUUGGAGACCAGCCAAGCAUACGUUGGUGAAGACGAUGAGGAAUUGGAGGAAACCUCCGGGGAGGAUACCUCGUCCGACACUGACAAACAGAAGAAUGAGGGAUGA